CUACUUUCGGGAUGGAGGGAGUAUUUUGGCCCAUUGGCGAGUUGUAUGGUUCAUCUUCGUCACUUUCUCCUCCCCUUCGCUCAGUGAGUCAGAAACUCAGAACCAGACUGCCAGUGGUUUUCUUGCUUAGCUUCUCGAGUUCUCUCUCUCUUCUCUAUUCUAAAUUCUAAUCAAAUUCUAUGCAAAUCCUCAAAUAAAUUGAUCAACUCCUCUUGCCUUUUAAAUUUCAAUCCAAAUUGAAGGAUUGAAGUUUGUUUAUUAGUGGAACCUCAAUUGUUAACUCGCCCAUUUUAGCAGAGUUGAAGAGGGUUUAUUAAAAUCUCGUGUUUGGAAUAUUUGAUCAAGUGUGUAUUGCAAUUGCAAUUCCUGGAUGAAUUGUGGAAUUUUUUAUGGCGUUAUUGCCAAAUGGAUUUGAUAAGUUAUUACCUAUUAGUUCAAGAAUGAACUUAAUAGAGCCACCGCUCAAUUGUGUAUUUCCUGUAUCCACUUGCCUUCGGCCUGUUAUUGCGUUUCGUCAUAGUAGUGUGAGCUUUUCUAGGGUGAAAGCUUCAUCAAGUCGGCGGCGAUUGGAUGUUCAUUCAUCAGUGUCACCCGCCUCUGAAAACCGCCCGUGGAUCGAGUUUCCUCGAGCAUUUAUUAAGGCUUCUGCCUCUUCCUUGAUAUUGGUCGCGCUUGGCAUAUUUACCUUUUCAUUUUCUAAUAAGGUAAAUACCAGAUAUGCCCUUGCUGCUGUUGAUCCUGCUGGACGUCCAACAGUUCAGGAGGAAAGCAUUGAUGAAGGAAGAGAUGUUCAAAACGUGGACGAUAAACAGUGGGUUGAAGAGUUUGAAAAUUGGAAAUCCAAAACAUAUGCUUUGACCGUCCCUCUAAGAGUUGUUGCUCUACAAGGCUCUGUACCGCCUGCCUGGAUCAAGGAUUUUAUUCUAUCUCAAGGAAAGAGAUUAAAGCUAAGUGUGCAAUUCCGUGGAACACUUGAAGAUGUUUUUUCUGAACUUUCGAGGUCCUUAAGAAAAGUCGACACUUCUCCAAAAUCUGCUGUCACAGCUGAUCUCAUUAGUGUUGGUGACUCCUGGCUUGAUUUGAUGAUCAGCAAGUCUAUAAUUGAGCCAGUGCAAAUGGCAGAGGACCAUGAUUGGUUUAAGGGUCUAGCUGUAAAAUGGAAGGUUUUUUUACGUAGGAAUAACGAAGGGAAGAUCGAUCCUGAGGGUAGAAUAUGGGCUGUUCCGUAUAGAUGGGGAAGCAUGGUAAUAGCAUACAAGAAAAGCAAAUUUGACACGCUUGGACUUGCUCCAAUAGAGGACUGGAAAGAUUUAUGGCGUCCCGAGCUUGCAGGAAGGAUAUCAAUGGUGGAUUCACCGAGAGAGGUUAUUGGGGCUGUGUUGAAGUAUAUGGGAGCAUCAUACAAUACCAGUGACAUCAGCAAAGAGAUUCCGGGUGGAAUAACUGCUGUACAACAGAAUCUCGCAUUACUUGCAAAACAGGUGCUGUUAUUUGACAGUGGGAACUAUCUGAAGGCAUUCAGUAUAGGUGAUGCUUGGGUGGCUGUUGGAUGGAGUAGUGACAUCAUUCCUGCUGCCAGGCGAAUGUCAAACGUUGCAGUUAUUGCUCCAGAGUCGGGAGCCAGUUUAUGGGCAGAUCUCUGGGUAUGUUUCUUCAAUGCUGUCCCAGCUACAACCAGAUGCCCACCAAUGGAAAAAUCCGGCGGGCGAAUCAGAGGGCCAUCUCCGCUAAUUCAUCAGUGGUUAGACUUCUGCCUACAACCUGCUCGAGAGCUUCCCUUCAAACAAGGGGUAUUUCCUGGUGCAUUGCCAUCUGCCUUAGUAAAUGUCCCUUCUGAAGUCAUUCCAAAAGGUGCCCCGAAACUGGUAACAAACCUGAUUUCUGGAAUUCCACCACCAGAAAUCUUAAGUAAAUGUGAGUUCUUGGAGCCACUGUCUGAGGUUGCAUUAUCAGACUAUGAAAGGUUGAUUUCUAGUAUGAAGAAGACUGAUCAUGGUUUAUUACAACAAAUUUUCGGUAGUGUAUUUCAUGCUACUAGGAUGAAGUUACUGUCAUUUGAGAAAAGAAAUACUUGAUAAGUAAGAAGUAAGAACAGAAGAGAAAACCAUAAUACUGUAUUAUGUUUUAUGAAAGUUCACUAAAAAAGAACAUUUUUUGUGCAGCAACUUUUGUAUAAAACCGUCUUACCGGAAAGAUCACUUUGAUUGUUUAAAUAAAUGGUUUUAUUGCUUAA